GGGGUAGAACAGGAAUCUGUCACAGACCGGUUUGUGUGGAGCUUUAAUAGCUGUUUGUUUGUGACCGUGGUGGGUGGUGAAUGUUUGUCAUCCUUCUUUGUGGGUUGAGCAAAGAUGCCAGGAACAAUAUUGGAAAAUUUAAGUGGUCGCAAGUUAAGUAUUCUAGUGGCAAUUUUGCUAAUUUGCCAAAUUACGUGUUUUCUAAUUGGAGGCCUUGUCGCACCGUCGCCGGCCGGUUCGCAAAGCAUCCUCACGACCGUUUGCUACGACGAUCAGCCGAAUUUAUUCACCGAUGACGGCCGCUGGUUCACCUCAAAAUGCAAGUCGAUCAAUCUAGAUGACAAGCACGCCGGUUUGAACGCCUCCAAUUACGUUUUCAUGGGCAAAAUGCCGCUGUACAACAUGGACUUUUCGCGCUGGCACCAGAAUUUGGUCGGAGUCCUGCAGGUGGAAAUGGAGCAUGGGAAGGAGACGACGACGACGGACGUUAUCGAUUUGACUUUGGAUGUGAAGUUGGGGUACAGAAACAAGGAGGAUCCAGAUGACAAGUGGACUUAUCACAGCAGCUCCGAGGAGAAGAGAAUUGUUGAGUGCUCAUCUCCUAACAAAGAGGACAAGUAUUCCUAUUCUUGCUCGACUGUGCAACUCUUCGAGCUUGGCUCACUCCAUCACGACUACUACUUGCUUAACUUUCGAAUUCCAGUCGACGAUAAGGGCACCAACGCGAAAGUGGGCUUUAUUUCUGAUAUCUACCUCAUUAUAAUCCACAUGAAUGUUGGAUUUACAAAGGUAUGGCUCUCACUGAAAACCGUAUUCUUUCCAAUUUUAAUUAUGAUCAUGGCGUGGUUUUGGAACCGGGUGCAUUUAUUACAGCGCACCCCUGCUCUGUUGGAGUAUCUGCUGAUGGUUGUCGGCGGUACUUUGGCAAUUUUAGAUGCGCCUCUUGAAUUUUUAACUCUGUACUUCGAUAUACCAUUCAUGCUGCUACUCAGCGAUAUUCGCCAGGGCGUUUUUUACGCCGCUUUGUUAUCAUUUUGGAUUAUUUUCGCCGGUGAGCACAUGCUGAUACAGGACGGCGCCCACAAAAACACGCUUAAAACAUACUGGAUGCACCUAAGCGGAAUUUUAGUGGGAUGCUUAUCGCUGCUCAUUUUCGAUUUGUGCGAGCGCGGCGUACACCUCCACAACCCUUUUUACUCCAUCUGGGUAACACCGAUCGGAACAAAUUUGGCUCUAUCCUUUAUAAUACUCGCGGGAAUUUCGGCCGGCAUCUACUUCAUAUUUCUGUGCUACAUGAUUUGGAUGGCGUACCGAAAUAUAAGCAUUAAAAGAUCAGUGUUACCCACGAUGUCAACGGCUCGCAGAUUGCACUAUGAGGGCAUCAUUUAUCGCUUUAAUUUUCUCAUGCUGGUUACUAUCAUUUGCGCGGCCGUUACCAUAAUUUCGUUUAUUUUGAGCCAAAUCGCCGAGGGGCAAAAUAAAUGGGACGAAAACGUGGAGUUGGAGGUGUCUUCCGCACUUUUUACUGGCGUUUAUGGCAUGUGGAACAUUUACACAUUUGCGAUGCUCAUUUUGUACGCCCCCAGUCAUAAGCAGUGGCCUACCGAUAGUAUUUGUGGCGAUAAUGGGGAGGAGGUCGAAUUUAGUCGAUUGCCCACCGAUCCCAGCCCUAAUGAAAUAUCUUCACUAACGACCUUUGCCAGUAAAGCUUCCAUUGAUUGAGUAUUUGUUUUUUAUACUUAUUUUUUGUACUUAGCUGUAGUGUGAUCUGAAAUUACUCAGGCAGGUACUAUUUUAUAUGACUGAUAUUUAUCGAAUUUAGUAUUAUGUUUAUUAGUAUUAGUAUUUGUAUUAACAAUUCUUCAGUAUUAUAAAUGUUGUGAUUUUUAAUGUUAAAUGUGCAGCUUUUUUUGUAUGGACAAUGUAUUACAAGUUUUACAUAUUAUGAUAAUAAAAGUUUGAUUCUCUUU